AUGGCGCUGAAAGCAAAGAAGGAAGCCCCUGCCCCUCCCAAAGCUGAAGCCAAAGCAAAAGCUUUGAAGGCCAAAAAGGCCAUGCUGAAAGGCAUCCACAGCCACAAGAAGAAGAUACGAAGGUCGCCCACCUUCCGCCGUCCCAAGACGCUCCGGCUCCGGAGGCAGCCCAAAUACCCUCGGAAGAGCGCCCCCAGGAGAAACAAGCUUGACCACUAUGCCAUCAUCAAGUUCCCCCUGACCACAGAGUCCACCAUGAAGAAGAUUGAGGACAACAACACACUCGUGUUCAUUGUGGAUGUCAAAGCCAAUAAGCACCAAAUCAAACAGGCUGUAAAGAAGCUUUAUGACAUCGAUGUUGCCAAGGUCAAUACCCUAAUCAGGCCUGAUGGAGAGAAGAAGGCAUAUGUUCGACUGGCUCCUGAUUAUGAUGCAUUGGAUGUUGCCAACAAAAUUGGGAUCAUCUAA